GGCCAAAUAAAAGAUUUCAUAACCCUCAAAAGUGCGCACUGCUCAAAAACUAAAAAUAUAAAUACACCGUAUACCAUUGAUAAGCACGCACGCGAUAAAUGAACCAUCAACAAACAAACAAACACCAUCAUGUCGGAAGUCACCCUCCAGCCGGACGCGAUCCGCGGCUGCCUGAAAAAGCAUUUCAAGUUUGACGACUUCAAAUCGAAACUGCAGCGGGACGCUAUUUACGAAAUCGCCAGACGAAAACAUGACGUCCUUGUCUCCAUGCCAACUGGCAGCGGAAAAUCCUUAUGUUAUCAACUGCCUGCAAUGCUACAUCCAAAAAUGGUCACAAUUGUCUUCUCACCACUACUGGCACUUAUAAAAGAUCAAAUUGAUCAUCUGGUAGCGUUGAAAAUCCGCGCGUCUUCGCUAAACUCCAAAACAACGAAAAACGAGCGUGAAAAUCUCCUCACAGACCUGAAAACAAUGUCGCCAAAUACAAAAUUGUUAUACAUCACACCCGAACAAGCCGCCACGGCAACAUUUCGUGACCUAUUCAACAACAUGGUAAAAUUCAACAAAAUCGCGUAUAUUAUCGUCGAUGAAGCGCAUUGCGUCUCACAAUGGGGUCAUGAUUUUCGCCCGGAUUAUUUAAAACUCGGCGUGUUGCGAGAGAACAAUCACAUACCAUUUAUCGCCCUCACAGCAACAGCCGGCAACGACGUCCGAAAAGACAUAAUAUCUUCAUUGAAAAUGUCCAAAACAAAUCUGAAACAAUUCAUGACCAGCUGCUUUCGGACGAAUCUCUUCUACGAUGUGAUAUUUCAAAACACCGUCGACGAUUUAUACAAACACCUCAAAGAUUUCAUCCGAAAAUGUUUAAAAAUCGAAGAAGAGGCAGAUCUUAAACCUGAAGAGAAAUCCUGCGGGAUUAUCUAUUGCCGUACACGCGAACAAACCGAGUUUCUCUCCGGGCAAUUAUCCUCCAUGGGAAUAAAAACCUGCUGUUACCACGCCGGAUUAAAAAACAGCGAUCGAUUAGAAUAUCAAAAUCUAUGGCAGAAUGGCACGUAUCCGGUGAUAUGCGCCACUGUGAGUUUUGGUAUGGGUGUGGAUAAAAGCAGUGUACGUUUUGUUAUCCAUUGGGGUUGCCCAAAGGACCCGGCGUCGUUUUAUCAAGAAUCAGGCCGUGCGGGACGCGAUGGCAAACCGUCGAAAUGUCGCGUGUAUUACUCGAAAGCCGACCGGAAAGCACACGAGUUUCAUCUCAUGCAAGACAUGGGCCGAGCGAAAGCAAUCACAGAUAAUAGCAAGGAUUUGAAGAAGUGUGACAAGCAGGUGAUGGCCGAAGCAGCUAUGAAGGGAUUCACAGCGAUUGUGAAUUACUGCGAGGCGCCGACCGAGUGCAGGCAUAAGUUGUUCACGCGGCAUUUUGGCGAGAAGGAUCCGAAGUGUAAGCGGAAUUGUGAUUAUUGCAAGGAUAAGAAGAGUGUGGAUGAGUUGGUGGAGUAUUUCCACACCAAGGCGGUGCAGUUUACGGAGAAAAUGAUCGACGCAGAUGGCUUGGAUGAUAGUUUAUGGGAAGGCGGGCGGAAAGGACAGAAAAAGCUAGAAGAAGAUUACGGUGAGGAAGGAUUCAGCAGUGCGGAUCGUGAUACUCGCGCAAAGAAACAAUCGACGGAUUUAAUCAAGAAGCAGUUUGCGUUGCGCGCGAAAAAUCAAAACGCGCAUGAAAUGUCGCAGAGUACAGUCGAUGAGCUGUUGGGGAAACAUGCGCGUGUGAUGGCAGCAGCGGCGACUUCCAGCAAAGUAAGAGGGCUGAAAAUUGCGAUGCGUGAGAUGUACACGAGUAAACUGCACGAUGCGUUGUACGAGAACUACUGCGCGUGCAACGCUGAGAGUGAGCGUAUCUUCGAUAAGAAGGACGUGGAGGAUUGCGCGGUUGCGGAGGAGUAUAAAAUCUUCUCGACCACCACGACGUUCAUUACUUAUCGGAGUGGAGUGUGCAAAUUAUUGGCACAUGUGAAGAAAAGAACUUCCGAGGCGCAGAAACACGAGGCAUUUACGGAUUUCACGCCGAAACCAGCAACGUACAACUCUCUGGGUGAUUUGUUUCGGAAUAUUAACAAAGAUAACAUGCAGAAGGGCCGAAAAAGAAGUCAUGAUGAUGAUAAUACCGAUAAGAAACCAAGUGGUUUUGUUUCGGCUUCACAAUUACUAAAAAUAGAAGAAACAGAUGUUAAAAUAUCCCCUGAACAAAAUAAUCACGAUGAAAGUAAUCCUGAUAAAGAAGAAAACGGUGAUUUCGAAGAUGACAAUGAAGAAGAUUGUGCUCCUAGUGAGAAAAAAAUGAAGUUCACCACAACAGACACAACAAAGUUUAGUAAUAAUACAAAAUUAAUGACGACAAAUUCGGAUGUUGAUGUUGAUGUACCACCCAUACCUAAACAUAAAGAAGAUAAUGUAACUAUACCAAUAGAAAACAAUAAGAGCAAUUCUUCAACUACUCAACAACUCUGUGAUAAACUUGAGGAAGUGCUCGAAAGCACGAAACAAAAGAUGAAUGCGUAUCAAAAAGAUGUAAAGAGUGAGAAAUCUAACGAUAACAACGCAAAGUUGCCGCUGAAAAAACAAAAAUCUUCACGGAAAUCAUCCAAACUGAAACAUUUAUUCGGUGGGGACGAUGGUAGUGAUCAAGAUGAAACUAAAACAAAAAUUAAACAAAAUAAUCCGCCUGCUGUGACAAAUAAAGUAGCAAAAGAUGCCAAAUUGACGAAGGUGGACGUUGCUAAUCUAGUCGUCAAAUUAUUAAUGCCUGCCUAUGCUGAGAAGAGGUUUGAUACAAAAGACACUUUCAAAGCAACUGCGCGGACAUUGGCACAUAUUGUGCAUGAUCAAGGAGCUGACGAAGCAUCAAUCAAGAAGUACGUGAAAAACUUCCUAACGCGACACAAAACGAUCACAAGUGCCACCGAGGUGAAGUAACCCAACCUAUAAUCCUGUUUGUUUUUAUUAUCGCUAAAAACUGCGUCUUGAUUGUGUAAAAAAGACAAAAACACUUCACAUGGUUUCUCGUUUUUGUUUAUGAACCUUAUACAAUACGUAAUAAAUAGAAACUUACUUAUUGUUCACGCCUGAAA